GCUGCGAUGCAGCCUGUGGACGACGUCAUCUGGUGCGGCGUACAUUGUACGGGUGACCUCAUCGUCAUCUGAUGAUUGCACGCGUCUCUCUUGCUCGCGAGAUACAAUGUCAUUGAACCGGCUACGCACGCUCGUGUCGGGUCAGAAGGCUCGACUCGUGCAAGAUGGCUAUGAUCUGGAUCUGUGUCAGCUCGAGCCCAAUCUGUUCAUCAUGGGCUACCCUGCGACCGGCUCUGAAUCACUGUACCGUAAUGAUCGCACGCAAGUCAAGCGCUGGCUGCUAGAGAAGCAGCGGCCGUUCCUCGUCAUCAAUCUGUGUCCACGAUGCGAGAAUGCAUACCCUUCGGAUGCAUUCGAGCCAGGACAGAUCCUUCGCUGUCCGUUUCCAGAUCAUCAUCCACCGUUGCUCAGUCAAUACAAGCUCGUCACAGAGCGCAUGCGCGAUUUCUAUGCAGAGCAGCCACAAGGCUUCGUGGUGAUACACUGCAAAGCGGGCAAGGGACGUAGCGGCAGCAUGGCAUGCGCCUUUCUCAUUUUGCGCGAGUUGCUCAAGCCGGGAUCGGCAUGCGAGAGCAUACCGCCCAAGCUACACGACGCUGCGGAGCAGAGCGUGCAGUCUAUCCUGGACUAUCACACCUCAAGGAGGAUGAGAGCUGACGCGAAAGCAUUGGGUGUUUCCAUUCCCUCUCAGCAGCGCUUCUUGCGCUAUUGGGCCCGUUUAUGCAUCAGCAACGAAGCCAAAGAGCCUGUCAUGUCGCAUCGUCGUGUCAAGAUGGAGAGCGUGGUCCUGAACUUCAAAAGUGACGCUGGCAAGCUGGCAGAACUUGGCAGAAAGCAUCUGUCGGUCACACUGCAGACAUGGACAGAUGCUGCAUUCGAUUAUGCGUCAUAUGCGGCCGCCGAGCCGGGCAAGAGACACGACGACUGGCCAGACGAGAUGACUAUGCUACAAUCUGUCGCGGCCGACUUUGUCGAGCAGCCAAUGAGCGACCACGACAAGCUGCUCGUGCCCAAGAGGGCAGUUGACAUCGACGCGGACCGGCCGGUGCAAGUCAAGCUAGUGAUGAGUUCGGAGCGAUCCACAAAGCUGAUUCACUUCUCUGACGUGCUAUCGCUUGGCUACGUCUGGUUCAUCCCGUCGUACGCUGCCAACCUUGUCGCUGGCGAGUCAACAGAGGUCAGGUUUGGUCUGAAAGAGAUUGACUUUGCCAAGAAGCAAACGGGUCUUGUGUCGCUUUCUGUCUGGCUUGUACUGUUGUAGAUGGUCGCGCAUCACGUGUAUGUCUUGAUAUCAACCUUGUCAGCCAGGAGCUCGUCGACCGGCAGACCGGCAGUCGUCGCGGGUAGCUCGUGAAAGCGUUCGGCAGCAGCAGAUAGGUCGCCAAGCUGGAGUGCGCAUCAGCCAGGGACUUGCGCUCGUGAAAGUCGGCACGGAGCUGGUCAUCCCCUUUGUCUUCGAGCAUGCCGUCCUUCUGGGCGUCUCGGUCGAGCCUGACGUGUUCCUCAAAGAUCUCAUCUUGCAUCGCCUGGAUCCGCUUGAGCUCGCGCAAGACCUCGCUUGACAUGGCUGACGAGGAGACGCUGUCGAAGGAUGUUCUCUUGCUUUGUGAUCGAGCCGUGACCGUUGGACUGAGUGCGUGAUGAGCUGGUAGGGCGUGGCCACAGCGAGACUGUUGGCGCAAAUCGCC